AUGACAUUUAGAAUGUACAGAAGUCUAUUGGAAAUUCAAAAUUCGAGUCCUGCUGAAAAACCCUCCGCCUCAUCUAAAAAAAUCCCUGAUGGUGUAGAGCCGGUUGCAGAUGGGAGCUCUAAGAUGGCUUUGGUGGUUCGGAAAGACUUGAAAAUGGGUAAAGGAAAAGUUGCCGCUCAGUGCUCUCACGCCGCUGUAGGAGCUUUCAAAGAAAUUUUGAAGGAUCCAGACGCUUUAAACCUGUGGGAGGCUCGAGGGCAGGCGAAAAUUGUCGUUGAAACCAACUCAGAGGAGUCACUACUGGAAUUAGCUCAGCAGUGCAAGGAACGCAAGAUUAUUCACUGUUUAAUUCAAGAUGCUGGCCGUACACAGGUAGCACCCGGUUCCAAAACUGUUCUGGCUGUUGGUCCUGGACCCAGUGAAGUAAUCGAUAGCAUCACGGGGCAUUUGAAGCUGUACUAG